AUGAACAUGGGUACAAGGCGCCCUGGACUGCGAAGUGAAUCUGAAUCUAUCGUCCUGGACCAAGAUUCUAAGGUAAAGGCAAUUUUGCAGGAAGUCCGACCUCUCAUCAUCAUUGGAGACGUGCCUUGCUUCAAAGCAAAGCUACUUGAAGAGAUGUCAGAGGAUUACGUGCAGCCUUUGCAACAAGCCCUGGAGAGAAUCAGACUGAGGGGGUUCUUGGCAAGAGAAUACUGUGCGCGCAUGGACGACAUUCUGCAGCGAAUCGUUCAAGCUCGGCGAAUGGAGCUCAACGGACAGACGGGAAAUUCAAAGGCUGUGGAUAUUUCAUGA